AUGUAUGUGUCUCCUCCAGGCCCGCUGCUGUCUCCUUCUGUUGCUGCUGAGAACCCCAGAGAGUAUGUUAGGGAUACAGAGAGAGAUAGAGAAGACGAAGGAGAAGAAAGAGAAGAAGAAAGAGAAGGAGAAAGAGAAGGAGAAGGAGAAAGAGAAGAAGAGACAGAAGAAGAGACAGAAGAAGAGACAGAAGAAGAGACAGAAGAAAAAGAAAGAGAAGGAGAAGAAGAGACAGAAGAAGAAGAGACAGAAGAAGAAGAAGAAGAAGAAGGAGAAAUAGAAGAAGAAAAAGAAGAAAAAGAAAAAGAAGAAGAGACAAAAGAAAGAGAAGAAGAAAGAGAAGAAAAAGAAAGAGAAGAAGAGACAGAAAAAGAAGAAGAGAGAAAAGAAGAGACAGAAGAAAUAAAAGUCAGGGGGCCCCUCAGGGGGCCCCCCACCGGGGCCCCUGGAGAGGCUCUACAGGGGCCCCCCGGGGGGCCCCCCAGGGGGCCCCUCAAAGGGUACUGGGGGGGCCCCCCACCACCGCUGUGGGGGGCCCGCUGGGGGCCCCCUGAGGGAGAUAGAGAAGAAGAAGAAGAAGAAAGAGAAGAAGAAAGAGAAGAAGAGACAGAAGAAGAGACAGAAAAAGAAGAAGAAAUGGAAGAAAUAGAAGAAGAGACAGAAGAAGAGACAGAAAAAGAAAGAGAAGGAGAAGAAGAGACAGAAGAAGAAAAAGAAGAAGAAAAAGAAAGAGAAGAAGAAAGAGAAGAAGAGACAGAAGAAGAGACAGAAGAAGAGACAGAAGAAGAGACAGAAAAAGAAGGAAGAGAAGAAGAGACAGAAGAAGAGACAGAAAAAGAAAGAGAAGAAGAAAAAGAAAGAGAAGAAGAGACAGAAAAAGAAGAAGAAGAGAGAAAAGAAGAGACAGCAGAAAUAAAAGAGACAGAAGAAGAGACAGAAGAAGAGACAGAAAAAGAAAGAGAAGAAGAGACAGAAAAAGAAGAAGAGAGAAAAGAAGAGACAGAAGAAAUAAAAGAGACAGAAGAAGAGACAGAAGAAGAGACAGAAAAAGAAAGAAAAGAAGAGACAGAAAAAGAAGAAGAAGAGAGAAUUUGGGGUGUAUAUGGAGCAGCAGCAGCAGCAGCAGCAGCAGCAGCAGCAGCAGCAGCAGCAGCGAAGAAGAGACAGAAGAAGAAGAAGAAGAGAGAAUUUGGGGUGUAUAUGGAGCAGCAGCAGCAGCAGCAGCAGCAGCAGCAGCAGCAGCAGCAGCAGGGGAGGGUCCAUGGGGGGAAGCAGCCUCCGGUUGAGCAGCAGCAACAGCAGCAGCAGCAGCAGCAGCACCAGCAGCAGCAGCAGCAGCAGCAGCAGCAACAGCAGCAGCAGAGUGUCUCCUCUGAGCAGGCAGCAGUUAGUUAG